AUGGAAUCUGGGAGAAGGGGAUGGAAUCUGGGAGAAGGGGAUGGAAUCUGGGAGAAGGGGAUGGAAUUUGGGAGAAGGGGAUGGAAUCAGGGAGAAGGGGAUGGAAUCAGGGAGAAGGGGAUGGAAUCUGGGAGAAGGGGAUGGAAUAUGGGAGAAGGGGAUGGAAUAUGGGAGAAGGGGAUAGAAUCUCGUAGAAGGGGAUGGAAUCUGGGAGAAGGGGAUGGAAUCAGGGAGAAGGGGAUGGAAUCUGGGAGAAGGGGAUGGAAUCAGGGAGAAGGGGAUGGAAUCUGGGAGAAGGGGAUGGAAUCUAGGAGAAGGGGAUGGAAUCUGGGAGAAGGGGAUGGAAUCUGGAAGAAGGGGAUGGAAUCCGGGAGGAAGGGAUGGAAUCUGGGAGAAGGGGAUGGAAUAUGGGAGAAGGGGAUGGAAUCUGGGAGAAGGGGAUGGAAUCUGGGAGAAGGGGAUCGAAUCAGGGAGAAGGGGAUGGAAUCUGGGAGAUGGGGAUGGAAUUUGGGAGAAGGGGAUGGAAUCGGGGAGAAGGGGAUGGAAUCUGGAAGAAGGGGGGGAUGGAAUCUGGGAGAAGGGGAUGGAAUCUGGAAGAAGGGGGUGGAAUCUGGGAGAAGGAGAUGGAAUAAGGGAGAAGGGGAUGGAAUCUUGGAGAAGGGGAUGGAAUCUGGGAGAAGGGGAUGGAAUCUGGGAGAAGGGGAUGGAAUCUGGGAGAAGCGGAUCCAAUCAGAGAGAAGGGGAUGGAAUCUUGGAGAAGGGGAUGGAAUCUGGGAGAAGGGGAUGGAAUCUGGGAGAAGGGGAUGGAAUCCGGGAGAAGGGGAUGGAAUCUGGGAGAAGAAUCUGGGAGAAGGGGAUGGAAUAUGGGAGAAGGGGAUGGAAUUUGGGAGAAGGGGAUGGAAUCUGGGAGAAGGGGAUGGAAUCUGGAAGAAGGGGAUGGAAUCCGGGGGGAAGGGAUGGAAUCUGGGAGAAGGGGAUGGAAUAUGGGAGAAGGGGAUGGAAUCUGGGAGAAGGGGAUGGAAUAUGGGAGAAGGGGAUCGAAUCAGGGAGAAGGGGUUGGAAUCUGGGAGAAGGGGAUGGAAUCUGAGAGAAGGGGAUGGAAUCUGGGAGAAGGGGAUGGAAUUUGUGAGAAGGGGAUGGAAUCUGGGAGAAGGAGAUGGAAUCUGGAAGAAGGGGGUGGAAUCUGGGAGAAGGAGAUGGAAUGAGGGAGAAGGGGAUGGAAUCUGGGAGGAGGGGAUGGAAUCGGGGAGAAGGGGAUGGAAUUUGGGAGAAGGGGAUGGAGUCUGGGAGGGCGGGAUGGAAUCUGGGAGAAGGGGAUGGAAUGAGGGAGAAGGGGAUGGAAUCUGGCAGAAGGGGAUGGAAUCUGGGAGAAGGGGAUGGAAUCUGGGAGAAGGGGAUGGAAUCUGGGAGAAGGGGAUGGAAUUUGGGAGAAGGGGAUGGAAUCAGGGAGAAGGGGAUGGAAUCUGGGAGAAGGGGAUGGAAUCUGGGAGAAGGGGAUGGAAUAUGGGAGAAGGGGAUGGAAUCUGGGAGAAGGGGAUAGAAUCUGGGAGAAGGGGAUGGAAUCUGGGAGAAGGGGAUGGAAUCUGGGAGAAGGGGAUGGAAUCUGAGAGAAGGGGAUGGAAUCUGGGAGAAGGGGAUGGAAUCUCGGAGAAGGGGAUGGAAUCUGGAAGAAGGGGAUGGAAUCUAGGAGAAGGGGAUGGAAUCUGGGAGAAGGGGAUGGAAUCUGGAAGAAGGGGAUGGAAUCCGGGAGGAAGGGAUGGAAUCUAG